UGAUCUCUCUCUCUCUCUCUCUCUCUCGGCUACGAGUUUUCUGGGUGAUGAAAUAAUUAAAUUAAGCUUCUGCUUUAAUGGAAGGACCUUCUUCUUGACACACACCUCUCUCUCUCUUUCUCUUCGCUAUUCCUCUUCUACAGUUUGCAAAUUUUUUUCUCUUCCUCUCUGAGAUUCGUUACUUUCGAUCGUCUCCUUCUUCAUAAGCUUUCCAUUUUCAUCUACGAUUUGUUUUCUCUUGAGAAAAAUUUGUAGAAGGUGAAAUCUGGGAUCAAGCUCGCAAAAAAAUGUAUCUGGACCUGUUCAGAUUCUUCGUCUGACCUUGAGUAAAGCAGCAACUUUGGUAGUUCAAGGAAACCUUAAAAGUAUUUAUCCAAUGUCUCCGGAAGAGGAGCUACAGAGCAAUGUCUCUGUGGCUAGUUCUUCACCUACUAGCAAUUGCAUCUCGAGAGGAACCACUCUAGGUGGUGGAUUAAAAGAGCAUAACUACUUGGGUCUCUCUGAUUGUUCUUCUUCUGUUGGAAGCUCCACUCUCUCCACGGGCCUUACCGAAGAUGACAAAGCCAGUAUCAGCCUCAAGGCUACAGAGCUUACUCUUGGCCUUCCUGGUUCACGAUCUCCUGCUAGAGACACAGAUCUUAACUUGAUGACUCCUCCAGUAAAGCUAGAUGAGAAGCCGUUCUUUCCUUUGCUUCCUUCUAAAGAUGAGAUUUGCUCCUCCUCACAGAAAAUCAAUGCCUCAGGAAACAAGCGAGGCUUCUCUGACACAAUGGAUCAGUUUGCUGAAGCUAAAAGUUCAGUCUAUACUGGGAAGAACUGGAUGUUCCCUGAAGCUGCAGCGACCAAGUCUGUAACAAAGAAGGAUGUGCCACAAACCAUACCGAAAGGACAGUCGAGCACUACAAACAACAGCUCUAGUCCACCUGCAGCCAAGGCACAAAUUGUCGGUUGGCCUCCUGUGAGAUCCUACAGGAAGAACACAUUGGCUACCACUUGUAAGAACAGUGAUGAAGUUGAUGGGAGACCAGGUUCUGGGGUCCUUUUCGUGAAGGUCAGUAUGGAUGGUGCUCCUUAUCUGAGGAAAGUUGACCUGAGGAGCUACACUAAUUACGGGGAGCUUUCUUCAGCUUUAGAGAAAAUGUUCACCACUUUCACUCUUGGUCAAUGUGGAUCUAAUGGAGCUGCUGGCAAGGAUAUGCUCAGUGAGACCAAGCUAAAGGAUCUUUUGAAUGGAAAAGACUAUGUGCUCACUUAUGAGGACAAGGAUGGAGAUUGGAUGCUUGUUGGAGAUGUUCCAUGGGAGAUGUUCAUUGAUGUCUGCAAGAAGCUGAAGAUAAUGAAAGGCUGUGAUGCCAUUGGGUUAGCUGCAGCUCCGAGAGCAGUGGAGAAAUCGAAGAUGAGAGCUUAAAAAGAUGGAACAUGAUGAUGACCAAGCUUUCUAAUUAUAUACAAAUAUGUGCGAUCUUUUGGCGGUUUUUCUUUUAAAUUUGGAAACAGCGAUAUCAACUUAGUAGUUUCUGAGAUUUAAGAAGAAGAUAAAAAGUAAGUAAGACUACGUUUGUAAGGAAAAAUGAAGAAAGAAUUAAAAUGAUCUUAUUUUGUUUGUUGAUUUAGUCGAACCAGUAAACUGGUCGUUGUUUCGUUUAAUGUUUUUGGUUUGUUUUGGAUGAUUGUGUGGUUCGCUUUUUUGCUUUUGCUUAUUUGAUGUAAUGUCUUUGGUAUUCUCUUCCUUUUCCUUC